GUAAUUCCAGACGGACCAAAACAUCUUUCAGAAAGUUGACGUGGAGCAGUUUGUGUACAACCAUGGCUGACACAAAGGUAGAAAUGUCACACGAUAGCUCCACUGUAAUACAGAACCCCAACGCGCCUUCUCAAGUCAAUAACCCGCUCUCAAGAAAGCUCAACAAAAUACUGGAGACGAGGCUCGACAAUGACAAGGAGAUGCUGGAGGCCCUAAAGGCGCUCUCUGUGUUCUUCACUGAGAACAGUUUGCGCACCAGGAGAAAUCUUCGUGGGGACAUAGAGAGACGAAGCCUGGGGAUCAAUGAGGAGUUUGCGCGGAUAUUUAAGGAAGUAAAAGAGGAGCUUGAAAGUGUUAAUGAAGAUGUCCAGGCGAUGAGCACGUGUUGUGAAGAAAUGACAAGCACAUUAAAGGCUGCAAAGGAGCAAACUCAAGACCUCAUAGUAAAAACCAACAAGCUGCAGGGAGAAAAUCAUCGUCUUGAGGUGAGAGCUCAGGUUGCUCAGGCUUUUCUUGACAAGUUCCAGCUUUCUACUGAGGAGAUGGCCAUACUGCGAGGGGCGAGGGAUGCAUCCAUAACUGAGGAUUUCUUCAAAGCUCUGGGUCGAGUGAAGCACAUCCACGAGGAUGUGAAAAUCCUUCUGCGAACCAACCAGCAGACUGCAGGGUUAGAGAUCAUGGAGCAGAUGGCCGUGUUACAGGAGACAUCAUAUGAGCAGCUCUACCGCUGGGCUCAGAAUGAAUGUCGAGGACUGACUCAAGAGUCCUGUGAUAUCAGCCCUGUGUUGACUCAAGCCAUGGAGGCCCUGCAGGACCGACCUGUCCUUUACAAGUACACGCUGGAUGAGUUCGGCACUACACGCAGAUGUGCGGUGGUACGAGGCUUCAUUGACGCCCUCGCUCGCGGGGGGCCCGGAGGCACGCCUCGCCCCAUAGAGAUGCAUUCACAUGACCCUAUGAGGUAUGUUGGGGACAUGCUGGCCUGGCUUCACCAAGCCACCGCCUCUGAGAAGGAGCAUCUCGAAGCUCUGCUCAAACAGGUCACUGUGCAAGGUGUGGAGGAGAACAUGCAGGAUGUGGUCGGGCACAUCACUGAGGGAGUCUGCAGGCCGCUGAAAGUUCGGAUAGAACAGGUCAUAGUGGCCGAGCCAGGAGCCGUGCUGCUGUACAAACUCUCAAACCUGCUCAAAUUCUACCACCACACCAUCAGUUCUAUCAUUGGGACCAGUGUGGCCUCGCUGCUUAUCACUAUGGAGGAGAUGCACGUCCUCAGCAAAAAGAUGUUCUUCAACAGCCUGAGCCUCCAUGCAAGCAGGCUGAUGGAUAAGGUGGAGCUGCCACCUGCAGACCUUGGACCCACAGCCUCCCUCACUCAGACCCUCUCCCUCCUCAGGGAGGUGCUGGCCUCACACGAUUCAUCUGUAGUUCCUCUGGAUGCCCGCCAGGCUGACUUUGCUCAGGUGCUCUCUUGCAUCUUAGAUCCCCUCCUUCAGCUGUGCACCGUGUCAGCCAGCAACCUUGGCACUGCUGACAUGGCAACCUACAUGGUCAACUCGCUGUACGUCAUGAAGACCACGCUGGCUCUCUUUGAGUUCACGGACAAAAGGCUUGAGAUGCUCGAGUUCCAGAUCGAGGCUCAUCUUGACACCCUGAUCAACGAGCAGGCAUCCUACGUGCUGACCAGAGCCGGGUUGAGUUAUAUCUACAGCUGUGUGCAGCAGCACAGUGCUGAACAGGGUCCUCUGUCCCUCCUCCCCAGCAUGGACAGCUCCUCUGUCAAAGCAGCAAUGGUCCAGUUUGACCGGUACCUGUCAUCGCCUGACACUUUCGUGAUGCCGCAGCUCAACUUUCUGCUCAGUGCAGCCAUCAAGGAGCAGAUUUUCCGUCAGUCGACAGAGCUGGUGUGCAGAGCCUAUAGUGAGGUCUACGCCGCGCUGACCAGCCCAGCAAACAACUACAAAGACCCUGAGAACCUGGUACCCAGAUCACCUCAGCAGGUUCAGACCCUGCUGUCCUGAGACUUUCUUGUCCCACCUGGUUGAUGUAAAACAUUUGAGGUGAGCCACAGUGAAGGGCAGCUUGCAGGCUAUUUAAAGAGCUGUGUACAGCAUAAUAACACUAAUGUAUAUAAAACUUGUCCUGAAGGUGGGGUUCUUUGUGGGCUCUGUGGGUUGCUGACCUCAGAGAGAGACACUCCUGUGUGGAAGCAGCCAAGAACAUGUUCUAUAUAAAUAUAUAUGAUCCACUUACUUUCACUGCUACAGGAAUGUUUUUCUCUCUGUAAAACAUAUAUGUCUAAUUUCUGUCUGUUUUCACAUCAUGUACUCUGUUUGGAGUCCAUAACUGUACAAAACAAUGUCUUUUUAUUGGAAAUAUUGAAGGACACAUAAAACAAAAGGAUUCACAGAAUCGAGGAGACUUGUGUUGUUUUUACAUUCUUAAAAGUGGGCUGGAAAAGGUCCGCAUCAAGGCCAAGAGAGACCUCAGGAGCUUCAACACAAACCGUGUGUUUAUUCCAAUCUCAACUGUUUUCAGUCGUAGGGAGAAAAUGGAAAGUUUGUUGAACCAUCUUCUUUUGCUUUUAAAAAAAAAAUGACUACCCUGCUGAAGUUUAAAAAAAAAAAAACUAUUAUGAUUCUGGAUUUAGUCAUUUACCAACAAUCCUACCUUUUAGAUGAGUCACUUACAGCGUGGAGAAUAAUUUCACCUUCAGAACAAUUUAAACCUCCAUCAACGUUUUUUUUUCAUGUGCCUCUCGUCUUCAAAGUGAUGUUUUAGUUUAUGAAAAGUUUCAAUGAUAAUGCUGUGGCUACUUGAAUAAAAGCAUUGGUUAUUGUGA